AUGUCUGUCACCAUCGUCCCUGCCAGCGGCGUCUGGGCUCCAACCAUUACAUUUUUCGACCAUAAUACCGAUAGUCUUGACACAGAGUCACAGGCAAGAUACUACACUUAUCUUUCCAAAACUGGCCUCGCUGGCUUGGUUGUUUUGGGAACAAAUUCUGAGACGUUUUUGUUGACGCGGGAAGAGCGAAAGUCUCUCUUGGAGAUUGCACGAAAGGCAUGCGGUCCUUCAUACCCGAUCAUGGCCGGUGUAGGCGGCCACUCGACCAAGCAAGUACUGGAAUUCAUCAAUGAUGCCGCAGGUGCCGGAGCCAACUAUGUUCUUUUACUACCUCCAGCCUAUUUUGGCAAGCAGACGACAUCGGCUGUAAUUAACAGUUUCUUCGAUGAUAUUGCAACGGCAAGCCCACUGCCGAUUGUGAUCUACAACUUCCCGGCUGUCUGCAACGGCAUAGAUCUUGAUUCAGCAACCAUUGCAAAUCUGGCCAAAAGGCACAGCAACAUCGUCGGUGUUAAGCUGACAUGUGGUGCUGUGGCCAAAAUAACACGUCUGGCAGCCGAGUUUCCAGCUGAGAGAUUUGCCAUCUUCGGAGGUCAAUCGGACUUUCUGAUCGGCGGCUUAGCUGCAGGAUCCUCGGGCACUAUUGCAGGAUUUGCGAAUGUUUUUCCAAAAACUAUUGUGCAGAUCUACAAUUUUUACCAGGAGGGCCAGUACAAGGAGGCAAUGGAGUUGCAUAAGAAGGCAGCACUCGCUGAGCAGCCCUGCAAGACUGGUAUUGCGUCCGUCAAAUACGCCGCGGCGCUGAACACGGCCAAGGCAGCGGGAAUCGAAGGAGCAUUGGAGAAGCUGAAGCCACGCCGGCCUUAUGUCGAGCCAUCUGAGGCAGAAAAGAAUGGCAUCAAGUCACACUUCGCAAGCUUGGUGGAUAUAGAGGCAAGCUUAUGA